CACAGUAGUAUAGUUUGGGUCACCCAGAGCAUCGACCCUGACCGCAGACGAGACCGCCGAUGCCCCGAGUUGUCUUGUGUGCAGGCCUCGCUAAAAAGAACACGAACCAUAUCCCCACCAGACUGGUAUCGCCUUUUGUUGGGUUGAUCGGGGCUGAUGUGGUUGAUGGCACCUUCGCUGUGGUGCCUCUACACAUAAAGCUCGCAGGCCGUGGGGAGGCGAGUUAUGUGCUAGCAGAUGGGAGGAAGGGCUGCGCAAAGUUGCCGCAAAAAUCCAGCUCAGACCUUCUGUCAACCCUCCAACUAGGAAAGCAUCAUGCGUAUGCGCAAAUUUUCAAGCCACAACCGUCAGAUCGAGAGCGAAGAGCGGAAGCAAGCAGCACUAACAAACCGCCGCAAAGGGCCGGCCAGCUCCAAAGUGGAAGAAUGUUGCCAAACCAGGGUUGCGGAGAGCAAAACCCGAAUAUCAAGGUACAUACCUCUACGUACCUAUUCUUGUACGCAGUACACCACCAUCAAACCGCUUUCGGCCGUGGGCUUUGCGUUGGCUCUACACUAUGUACUAAUGUAUGGCAAGUUUCGGCCACUGUCACGGCCCACGGAACAAGACAAAUCAGGAAUCUCCAGACACCUCGCACCUGUCUCGCGCGCUCACCAUCACAUCCCUCUCGCCGGCGUCAGGAGGCAUGUGGGCACUGGACAGGACAUGCUUUCAACACCACCAUCCGCUUUUUUCGGUGCAACCCUUCUCUGUGUCGACAAAAGAGGGCAAAGAAUGACAAUCUAAAACGCAAAGGCCCCAGAAUCCUGCGCUACUGGCUUUUCGUGCCAGAGCUAAUUAUGACCAUACCCUCUUCCUUUCUGACCGACCCCGGCAGAAGCUUUGCUGGCUUACCACUGGUCACCAAGAUCAGGAAGUUGAGUGUUCGGAAAGAUUUCGAUACGUUACGGACACAGGACAGGCUCGGCUCACGGGGGAGAGGCUGCAGAAAGAACAAGAUGCGCGUAUUUGCAGGGCAUGGCUGUGGAAACCAGAAUGUUGGACCAUUUGAGCCGCGCCGUAGGACCCACAUCAUGGAGCAACGCAUCAGGGCCAGGCAAGCCAGCGAGGGUUUGAAGACACAGGAGACACAGGAGAGGUCACACACAUUUUUCUACGGAAACACCCCUGCUGAGAGUACUUCGGCGCACCAUUUGUCCCGUGCAUUGGGUGGCUUUCAGGGUGUUCAGUUGCUCUCCGCUCGCAUCGGUACCCAGGUGGCUCAGUGGUAUCAUCGAGGCUUAAAACCGUAUGCAAGCUCGCAGUGCCUUGCACAUGCUCACGGCCUGACAGCAGUGGAAUCAUUCGUUACUUUGUCGGACAUUGCACUCGGCUGA